AUGGACCAAGUCAAGGAGUGGUUGCAAUCUCAAGGCCAGUCAAAUAUCGAUCCGAAGCUCUUCGAGGAUUUCAAGUACGAAGACUGGUUGGUGACCGAUCCUGAAAUCCAGCACGAUGGCGGCAAUGCGUCCUCGAGCGCCACUGCUGAGGGCCGACAAGUACUGGCGAAUAGUGCAACAGGUCAAGCCUCUACAGAUUCCGGCCAAGAGUCUGCAACUAUGCGACGAGGACAGCGAUCAUCGUCAGGGAAUCAUACCUCGCAUGCUGCACUGUCAAUCCCGACACAAGUCUCCCCAGAUCCUGGAGCUGGUCAGCAACACCAAGGCCUCCCAUAUUCUGAUCUGCCGAAUUUCGACGAUCUCUUCACCGAUCUGACACCUUACGGCAAUUCUUCAGAUCUCUACAACACGCCCGAUCAAGAUCUUCAUCUCGCACGAUCGCCAUCUCAGGACCACUAUCCAGAUCCUCCGACGGCCGAUGCCCAUUACACAAACCCCCAUGAUCCCUCGUCGCAGUACGUACCUGGCCCGUACCUACCCGAAGCACAGCAUCGAGCUUCAAACAUGGAUGGAUUUGGUCAGCCGUACUACGGUGGCGACGAGCAAAUGUUUGUGACUCCACAAACCGACUUCGACUUCUCGCCGACACCCGGAAACUUUGAGCGACCACUGUUUCAGGAGGACGAUCUGGAUGAGGCACACGCUUCUACUUCUCGAGGACGUCAGGCAAAAGGCAAAGCUCGAGCAACGUCACCUAUCAGUGAUGCCCCCAAAGAGAACCCAAGUUGCAUCGACUGUGGCAAGAAAUACCGCACUUCCAGCUCUCCUGGACGUUGCACACGUUGCGGCGCAAAGUACGAGCGUCGUGUUGCCCAACCUUUCACCUACACCCUCGACGCUUCUGUCCCUGACUACGCUUCCGCGCGCCGGCAAAUCUUCUCACCAAUCGAAGGCCGUCGAAUCUACCAGGACGACGUGCAGCAGUAUGUCAGAAAUGCCAGUGCCGAAAACCGUUUCGUACAGUUCCUACUCAAUGCGAUCAACGUUGUACAGAACACAGAGGCAGGCUGGGACACAUGGUCUGCCCGUCAGCAGAAGACCUUCAACGAGAAGGCAAAGCUGGAGCCUGGCUACACCAACCCCCUCGUGACCGCUCGCCUCCGAGCCCUGUAUCGCGAGGUCCUCAACUACCACCUCGGUGGCGACGCAGUCUACGCGGUGGGAGGCGACAACAGCGGAUACUCCGACGACCGCACAUUGCGCUUCUCCCAACGCAUGGCGACAAUCUGCGAAGUCUUGCGAAAGAACAAGCGUGUGGUCAUGGAUGUCAUCGAGGGCCGAGGCGUGCAAGGCUUCGUGAGCAAUCCGAGAAAGUAUCAUGAGCGGAAAGCCAGCAAUAACAACUGCAAUGUGGAGAAGAAGAGAAUCAUGGAGAAGGGCAAGGAGAUCGAGGCGGAGCUGGGUAGUUCAACGACUCCAAUGACGCGGAGAGGGAAGCGUGCGAGGACGGCGGAGGCAGUUAGUCCGGCGAGUGCUGUGGAUGAUUUCGAGGAGGGCCCGUCGCAGAAGCGGAUGAGGACCGAUCAGUCCAUGUUUUCGGCCGAUUAUGGAGACAGCGAAUAUGUAUCGGGAAAUUCGGUGCAGGGAGAUUGGAUGAGUGCGUUUGGUGGGCGCGGCUGA